AUGACUGACAAAAAGAAUCUUUUGCUUUUGUUCGAUCGCCCCACCGAACCGGUAUUCAUGGAGAAGGGCACAACUUCCACAGUCUUCGAUGUUCCCGAUAAAUUCCUCACGGAUCGCUAUCGUCCCAUUGGCAAUGAGGUUCAAAGUCGUUUUGGUGAAAAGGCCGAGCAGCGGAUUCCAGUGCGUGAGAUCAGUUUGCCCGACUUGAGCAUUCCCAUGUCGUUGGCUAGAAAUGAGCAAUUUUCCUUAUUUAUUCCCCGUCAUAGACGUAUUGCAGGACGUCUCAUUGACAUAUUCAUGGCAAUGCGUACUGUCGAUGAUUUAUUGAGUGUAGCUGUGUAUGCUCGCGAUCGUGUUAAUCCCUACCUCUUCAACUAUGCCCUUUCGGUGGCCUUGUUGCAUAGGUCUGAUACCAAGGGCUUGGAUUUGCCUUCCUAUGCCCAAAGUUUCCCUGAUAAGUUUGUGGAUUCUCAGGUCUUUCGUGAGGUGAGGGAGGAAGUUACUGUGGUACCCGAAGGCUCUCGCAUGCCUAUUGUAGUGCCCCGCGACUACACAGCCUCCGAUUUGGAACCGGAACACCGUCUAUGGUAUUUCCGUGAGGAUAUGGGCAUUAAUCUGCAUCACUGGCAUUGGCAUUUGGUUUAUCCCUUCGAGGCCAGCGAUCGUAGUAUUGUGGACAAGGAUCGUCGCGGUGAGUUGUUCUACUACAUGCACCAGCAGGUGAUAGCUCGCUACAAUUUUGAACGCUUCAGCAAUAAUUUGGCUCGAGUGGAACGCCUCAAUACCUUCCGUGAACCUAUUGCCGAGGGUUACUUCCCCAAAAUGGAUUCGUUGGUGUCGAGUCGUGCCUGGCCGCCGCGUUUCGAGAAUACCAAACUGCGGGAUUUGAAUCGUGAUUUGGAUCAAAUCAACUUGGAUGUGGCCGAUAUGGAGCGCUGGCGUGAGCGCAUUUUGGAGUCCAUCCAUCGGGGCUUUGUGGUGGAUGCCAGUGGCAAUCCCAUGCCUUUGGAUGAACGUAGUGGCAUUGAUCUCUUGGGUAAUAUGUUGGAGGCCUCGGUUAUGUCUCCCAAUCAAUCGAUCUAUGGAGAUUUCCACAAUAUGGGUCAUGUUUUCAUUUCCUAUUCCCAUGAUCCUGAGCACCGUCAUCUGGAGUCGUUUGGCGUUAUGGGCGAUACAGCGACCGCAAUGCGAGACCCUGUGUUCUACAGAUGGCAUGCCUACAUUGAUGAUAUCUUCCAACAGUACAAGAUUCGUUUGUUCCCCUACACUGUGUCUGACCUUCAAUACGAUGGCAUCUCCAUUACUGGAGUCGAGGUUAGCUCCGAUGGUGGUAGCCCCAAUGUUUUAACGACCUUCUGGCAACAAUCUGAUUUGGAUUUCUCGCGUGGCAUGGACUUUGUGCCCAGAGGCAAUGUCUUUGCUCGUUUCACUCAUUUGCAGCAUACCCCCUUUACCUAUACGAUUAAUGUGAACAAUGGAAGUGACGCCCAACGUACUGGCACUGUGCGCAUUUUCAUGGGGCCCAAAAAUGAUGAACGUGGUCAACCUUGGCUGUUCAGAGAUCAGCGUUUAAUGAUGAUCGAAUUGGAUAAAUUUAUGGUGCAAUUGAAUCCUGGCCAAAAUACCGUAAAACGCCGUUCAACCGAGUCUAGUGUCACCAUACCAUUCGAACGUACUUUCCGCAAUCUGGAUGGUAAUCGUCCUGCUGCUGACACUGCAGAGGAAUUGGAAUUCAAUUUCUGCGGCUGUGGCUGGCCUCAGCAUAUGCUGAUUCCCAAGGGCUUACCUGAAGGUUUACCCUGUGAUUUGUUUGUUAUGGUCUCCAAUUAUGAAGAUGAUCGUAUUGAUCAAGACCUGGUAGGUUCCUGCAGCGAUGCCGCCUCUUAUUGUGGUGUCCGCGAUCGCAUGUAUCCCGAUCGCCGGGCCAUGGGCUAUCCUUUUGAUCGUUUGCCACGCGAAGGUGCCGAGCGAUUGGCCAAUUUCUUAACUCCCAACAUGAGCAUAGUUAAUGUGACUGUUCGUCAUGAUGGCUCCCGUACUAUAACUAGGCAAUCCUAA